AUGGGUUACACUAAGCGUUUCUUUGCCAUUAGCUACAUUACUGUCGCAUUCUCACUCGCUGUCGGACUGACUGUCCCACUGUCGCAAAGGCAUGAUGGUCAUCAACAUACAGCACGUGCUACAUGCUCUCCAAGACCUUCUGGCCUCAAGCUACCUGCGCCUGGUGACACCUGGAACUAUGUGCUUCACAACCCUAUCGCGAACCCAUCAAAGAUCGACACCACGAUCGCUGUGUGGGGAAUCGACCUCUUUGACAAUACCGCAGCUACAAUCUCCACCAUGAAGGGCAAAGGUGCCAAUGUCAUCUGCUACUUUUCUGCAGGAAGUUAUGAAGACUGGCGAACAGAUGCAUCCAAGUUCAUCAUCGACGAUCUUGGGAACGAACUUGAUGGCUGGCCGGGCGAGAGAUGGGCCGACAUUCGCAUCAAGAAUGUUCGAGAUAUCAUGAUAUCCCGCUUAGACCUCGCAAAGUCAAAGGGUUGUAACGGUGUGGACCCGGACAAUAUUGACGGCUUCAACAAUGACAACGGACUGAAUCUUAAGGAAGCCGAUUCCGUCGACUACGUCACUUUCCUUGCCAACGAGGCUCACAAACGUGGCCUCACCAUUUCGUUGAAGAAUGCUGCCUCAAUUAUUCCAGAUGUCAUUGAUUGUGUCGAUUUCAGCGUCAAUGAACAAUGUCAUCAAUACACUGAAUGCAACGACUUUGCUACGUUUAUCAAGCACAAAAAGCCUGUUUUCCAGGUUGAGUACCCCAAAGGAGAUGAGGUCAACAACGACAAGCCAGUCUCUGAUUCGGUGAAGAAGAGCAUCUGCAAAGAUCCCACUUCUGCAGGCUUUUCCACAAUCAUCAAAAACAUGAACCUGGACAAUUGGAUUCAGAAGUGCUAA